UGGCCCGGGAGAACACGCGUCGCGCGUUCCAAAUUCAAAUUACGUUUAUUAUGUGCCAGUGCUAGUGUUCGAUUUGAAAAUAAAAAAAAGAUUUGACAGUUUAGUUAAUAAUCUGUGGUUUAGUGUUGUGACAAUGGAUUCCGAAAUUCAGACCCAAACUCAAAAAAAGACUCCGAAACCUUUUACAAUCGAAUCGUUGAUAGGGAGUGAUAGAAAAUCGCCUGAGAUUGACAUUGAAAAUAAUGAGCAGCAGAACUCUGAGGAUGAGGACAGUGAACGAUUGGAAGAACUAAACCGAAUGCGAUAUUAUUUUAAUGCGCCGUUUCUGCAGCAGAAUGGGGUUAGCUUCCCGUUUCUGCUGGGGUACCCUGAGCCUUGGAUAUCCAGGAUGCUGAAUGCUCCAGGGCCUCCGGUGGAAAGUAAGGAGGAUCAGAAAAGGGAGAGUCCUGUCAGUGUGGGCAGUGAGAUAGACAGCGACGGGGGUGAAGAUAAUACGCAAGGAAACGACUCGGAGCCCGAUCCCGAAGACUCCAGCGACACUCCUCGCGAGGGAAGCAAAGCACGAAGACGCCGCACCGCCUUCACGUCAGAACAGCUGCUGGAGUUGGAGAGAGAGUUCCACGCGAAGAAGUACCUUAGUCUGACGGAGCGGUCGCAGAUAGCUGCAGCGCUUAAACUUAGUGAAGUCCAGGUAAAAAUCUGGUUCCAAAACCGGCGAGCGAAGUGGAAACGGGUAAAAGCGGGCCUCGCCUCCGGCAGCCAUUCCGGCAGCAAGAACGGUUCCGGCACCAAGAUCGUGGUACCAAUACCGGUUCACGUCAACCGGUUCGCAGUGCGCACACAACAUCACCAGAUGGAGAAGCAAAAUUUGCAAUACCGAUUGGACAGAACGCAACCGCUCGCAGGCAGUCUGCUCCAAUCGCAAACAUCAGCAUUUUUGAACACGUCGAAAAUACAACCGGAUAAUCGAGAACCGAUUCUAAAUCCGCUAAGUCGCAGCACUAUUUACGACGCGAGCAUGUCCGCCAGGUUGGCAACAAUGAGCCAAGCUGCCAACCUGAGGCACUUCAAUCAAAAUGGCCGGCCGAGCUAGAUUUUGCUUUUCGAUUUUUGAAUGGACCAGAAUUUAGGAUAGGUGGAUAGAAUUAUUUUCUGAAACAAGUCUUGCUGCGAAGGCAGAGGUUUCGAAUGGACAAAUCCGUCAGCUGUACUUGAUUAUGACUUUGAGGUCUAUUUUUUGCUCUACUAAAGAAGUGAAUGCAUUGGUUGAUAAAAAGGCGGCUGGAAACCUGAAUGGAAAAAAGAAAUUGACAUUCAAGUAUGAAUGGAAGUUCUGCAUUGGAUCUAUAGCAGAUGGACCACUUACUCUUAUUGAGAAAGUUAUGUUCACGCAUUAUGAAUCUAG